AUGAAGUCGACAAUCCUGUCAAUAGGCGCUGCUGCCUUGCUGAGCGCUCGCUCGGUUCUUGCUGCAGAUGGUCUCAAGUGCUCGCUUGACAAGCAUUGCCCAAAGGAAGCACCUUGCUGUGGUCUCUACGGCGAUUGUGGAACCGGCGCAUUCUGCCUCGGCGGUUGCGAUCCACGCAUGUCCUUUUCUCUCGACUCGUGCGUGCCCGAGCCGACGUGUCAGAGCAAAAAGUACACCUUCAACUCCAAGGACAAUAUCAAGGAUGUCGGCGAGUACCUCGGUGACGCAAGCAAGGCUGACUGGGUCGUCACGGGCGAGCCGUUGCUAUCCAAUGGAAACCUUCUCUUGACGAUGCCGCCGCGCUCCGUAGGCACGGUCCUGUCGUCGACACAUUACAUGUGGUACGGCAACGUCAAGGCCAAGAUGAAGACUAGCCGCGGCCGCGGCGUCGUCACUGCAUUCAUUCUCUUCAGCGACGUCAAGGACGAGAUCGACUACGAGUGGAUUGGUGUCGACCUCGAGACUACGCAGACCAACUACUACUUCCAGGGUAUACCCAAGUACGAUCAGUCUGGCAACAUCACGGGGACGUCAAACACGUUUGAAAACUUCCACGAGUAUGAAAUCAAUUGGACUCCCGACGAGAUCACAUGGUCAGUCGACGGCAAGAAGGGCCGCACAAAGAAGAGGUCGGAGACGUGGAAUGCCACCGCCCAGCAGUGGGACUUCCCUCAGACACCGGCGCGCGUUCAAUUCUCCAUCUGGCCUGGAGGCGCAGACACCAACCCCAAGGGCACAGUCGAUUGGGCAGGCGGUGCCAUUGACUGGGUUAACCACCCGGACUUGAAGGACCCGGGCUACUACUACGCCAUGGUAUCCGAGGUCGAGAUCAAGUGCUGGGACGGCAGCAAUGGCGUGGGAACCAACAAGGGCAAGACUUACUACUACAACAGCGCACGGGGCACCAACGAUACCGUCGUCGACAGCGACAAGAACGGCAUCCUCUCGUCAUUCCAAGCCACGGGUCUGGACAUGAACAAGGGCGGCGACAAGAGCAAACCCGAAGCGUCGGCAACUGGCACCCAAAUUCCUUCGGUUCCCGGUGGUAGCGGCAUCGGGCCCGGCCAGUCCGGUACCAACCAGGGCGGCGGGCAGGCAGCGCAACCGGCCGACGAUUGCUUGACAUCAAACUUUGUUCAGCAAUGCGGGUCCAGCGGUUCGUCCAAGAACGCCGGUGGUAGAGUCGAAACACCCAGCAUCCUGGGAGGCAGCAGCGCCUUCGCCGUCGUGGUGGCUUUUGCGGGACUGGUCAUGCUGUGA